AAUUUGAAAACAUAAAAAAUAAUCACCAAUAGUAAACCUUUUCCUUAAAUUUAUGUUUAACGUGGCUUGAACAGAUACUAAAAUAAAUUUUCCAAUCUUAACGAAGUCCGAUUGUAAAAAUAUCGAUAUUUACAUUUGAAUUUUAUCAUUUUUAGUACACCUAACCUACAUAAAGAUAAUUUGUAAUGUGUUACUUCAAGUAUUAACGUUUUACAGUAUUUUAAUUUUAAAAACUUAUUUUAGAAGUGAGAAUAAAUCUUAGGUGAAAAAAUGGAAGGUUCUGAAACUAUAUCUAAAAAAUAUGAAGUCAUCUAAAGCCACAAAGGAACCUAUCUCUUAAAUAAUUAUUGAUAUAAAAAAUACAUAGGAUUUUAUUUUUCAAUAGAUUUUUUCACAUUUAAUAUAUCUAGAUAAUAAAGUAUUAUCUUCACAACUUUUGACAAAAAUAUAAGCAUAUUUUUACAUAAUGAGUGCCAUAGUGAAGCGAAGUUUUGUUCAAUUUAUUUAUAAAUCAAGAUUGAUCCAUGUUUCUUAUUUGGCACAAAGUGAGCUUAAAAGACGUUUAAAGGCUGAACAAAAAGCAAAAGAAAAACUUGAAAAAGAAUUGGCUGCACCAAAAAAACAACAAAAUGCUAAAAAUGAAAAUGAUUUAUCUGCAGCUACUAAAGCUCUGGAUAUAAGUCCAAAUGAGUUCUUCAGUUUACGUUUACAAGCAAUUGCUCAAAUGAAAAAAGAUGGUGAUGAACCUUACCCUCAUAAGUUUAAUGUUACAUCAUCAUUGGAAGAUUUCAUAAAUGAAUAUCAAUCACUCAGUGAAAGUCAAAUUUUUCAUGAUAAAGAACUUAGUGUUGCUGGGCGUGUUCACGCAAUUCGUGAAUCUGGUCCAAAGCUUAUAUUUUAUGAUUUACGUGGCGAAGGCCUAAAAAUACAAGUGAUGGCAAAUGCAAAACAAUAUUGUUCUGAAGAUAGUUUUUUUGCAGAUACUUCAAAGAUUAGAAGAGGAGAUAUAAUUGGUGUUACAGGAAGUCCAGGAAAGACUAAGAAGGGAGAGUUAUCAAUUUUUCCAAAACAUAUAAAAUUAUUAACACCUUGUUUACAUAUGUUACCACAUUUACAUUAUGGUUUAAAAGACAAGGAAACUAGAUACAGGCAGAGAUAUUUAGACUUAAUUAUUAAUGAUAAUGUUCGGAAUAAGUUUAUAAUAAGAGCCAAAAUUAUUUCAUAUUUUCGACGUUUUUUGGAUAAUAUGGGAUUUCUUGAAAUUGAAACACCUUUAAUGAAUAUGAUAGCUGGAGGAGCUACAGCUAAACCUUUUAUUACUCACCAUAAUGAUUUAAAUAUGGAUUUGUUUAUGAGAGUUGCACCAGAACUUUAUCAUAAAAUGCUUGUAGUUGGUGGUAUUGAUAGAGUUUAUGAAAUUGGACGACAAUUUAGAAAUGAAGCAAUUGAUUUAACCCACAACCCUGAAUUUACUACUUGUGAGUUUUAUAUGGCAUAUGCAGACUACAAUGACCUAAUGAAAAUAACAGAAGAUUUAUUAUCGGGUCUUAUUAAAAGUAUUUUUGGCUCGUAUAAAAUACAAUAUCAUCCAGAUGGUGUAGACUCAGACACCGAACCAGUAGAAUUGGACUUUACACCACCAUUUAAAAGAAUGUACAUGUUCCCUGCUUUGGAAGAAGCUUUAUCAGUAAAAUUACCAAAUCCAUUAGAUUUGUCUUCCCCUGAAUCAAAUAAACUACUUGAAGAAUUAUGUUUAAAACAUGAAGUAGAAUGCCCACCUCCUAAAACAUCCGCAAGAUUAUUAGAUAAACUGGUUGGUGAAUUUCUCGAAGAAAAAUGUAUUAAUCCUACAUUUAUAUGCGAUCACCCUCAAGUUAUGUCACCCUUGGCAAAAUGGCAUCGUUCAAUACCUGGUUUAACUGAACGAUUUGAGUUGUUUGUUAUGAAAAAAGAAGUUUGUAAUGCUUAUACAGAGUUAAAUGAUCCUAUGAUUCAAAGGGAACGUUUUGAACAACAAGCAAAGGACAAGGCUGCUGGGGAUGAUGAAGCACAAUUAAUUGAUGAAAAUUUCUGUACAUCAUUAGAAUAUGGUCUUCCACCUACAGCUGGCUGGGGUCUUGGAAUUGAUCGUUUAACUAUGUUCUUAACAGAUUCAAACAAUAUAAAAGAAGUGUUGUUCUUCCCUGCAAUGAAACCUGAUGAUCCUAAUAAGCACAAAGAUGAUAAAAAUGAAGAAGAAAAUCCUAAAGUGUCGAAUUCUUAAAUGUAAAUUAUAUUGUAAUAAAUUAAUACUUAUAAAAA